AUGGCGAAUGGCCACGGGCAUGCUCCAGCUGCGCGGAGCGGGGUGACUCCGCAGGGGUGCUGCCUAGCAGUGCUGCUGACUGGCAGCUUGGGGCAGGCCUUCACCUCCAGUUCGGUCUCCACCGACCGCUUUCCGGACCGGGCACGGUCCGUUCGAGCGCGGCACCCAGCCGUCCUCGCGGGGUCCGCAGCUGCGCCCAGCUCCUCGCUAGCGGCGACUUGGACUCUGCGACCAGAGGCAUUGGCAGGCCUCGCACUGUCACUGGGCGCCGCUCGCGGCGCCCGCGGAGCUCGCGGAGCGCGCGCCCGCGUGGCGCUGUGCCGAGCGCUGCCCUAUGGCAUCGCAGUGCUGGGCACCGGGUCGACGGCACCGGAGACCGUGGUCUCCAACGACGACCUCUCCGAGGUCAUGGAGACCACGGACGAGUGGAUCACCCAACGGACCGGCAUCCGGCGGCGGCACGUGCUCCAACCGGAGGAGAGCUUGGUGUCCUUGUCGGUGAAAGCGGCCAAGAAAGCCUUAAAGGACGCCCAGCUCGCGCCCGAAGAUGUUGAUCUUUUGAUCCAUGCGACCUCCACUCCGGACGAUUUGUUCGGGAGUGGGCCACAGGUCGCCUCGCUGCUGGGCGCUGAGAGGGCGACGGCCUUUGACCUCACCGCAGCCUGCUCGGGCUUCGUGUUUGCUCUGGUGACCGCGGCGCAGUACGUGCGCUCCGGCGCCUUCAAGAACGUCUUAGUCGUUGGCGCCGACUGCCUGAGUCGCUUCGUGGAUUGGUCGGACCGGAGCACGUGCGUCCUCUUCGGCGACGGCGCGGGCGCCAUGGUCAUCACUCAGACCGAGGCUUCGAAGGACGCUCUCCUUGGCUUCGAAAUGGGCAGCGAUGGCCACGGAGCUUGCCAUUUGGGUGUUUGUGCCGAGAAUGAGCAGUCUGUCUCUGUGGGUGGUGGCAAGGUGGCCAGUUCCACGAAGUUCACGCCCUUGGGCAUGAAUGGCAAAGAGGUCUUUCGCUUCGCCACCAGCCGAGUGCCCAAGACACUCUCCAAGCUCUUGGAGCGAUCUGGUGUCGCUCCAGAAGAGGUGGAUUGGCUUUUGCUUCACCAGGCCAACCGGCGCAUCAUGGAUUCCGCAGCGAAGCGCUUGGGCGUCCCACAGGAGAAGAUCAUUUGCAACCUCGAUGAGUACGGCAACACCUCGGCUGCCUCCAUCCCCUUAGCUCUCGAUGAGGCGAUCCGCGAGGGCCGCGUGAAGAAGGGUGACCUCUUAGCUUGCUGCGGCUUCGGUGCUGGACUCACCUGGGGAGGCAGACGGCUUCUCACGGCGGGCCGACGGAAGCCGACGGUGUGCUUGGAAUGGGGCUGA